AUGCCUGCGAUCACGAAUGAUGCCGGACCCCCGGCAUCGGGGCCAUCGUCCAGCACGCCAGGCCCUGCCAACGCACCACCGUCCCAGAAAGCCAUGACAAAGGCAGAGCGACGAGAGCUCCAGGAAAGGCAGCGCGCUGCAAAAGCCGCAUCGAAAGAACAACAACCAUCUGGUGGCAGCGCCCCUCCCAGGUCGCAAGCUCGACCAGGGCCCGCCUCUGCCCCUACGCCCCGAAGAGGACCACCUCCGGCGAUUAAUGCACCUCCAAGAACACCUAUAGCCGCAAAUGGCCCUCAAAGGGGGACGCCACAAAGGGCUGGUGGAAGUGCUGGGCGUAGAUCUAGCAAUGCACACGACUAUCAAAGAGCUCGAACUUCGGGGGACGCUGCCUCUGUCGCUGGGGACGAUGAUCCCGCUAAUCGAUCGCGAGGCUUGCGCAUCUUCCUGCACUUCGGUCUACCUAAACCAAAAGGCCAUGCUAUCAAAGGGGACAUUCACCCAGCCAUCAUACGACUCGGUUUACAAUUCUCCGAAUUCAAGAUUUGUGGCGCCAAUGCUAGAUGUAUUGCGACGCUCACGGCCUUCAAGACAGUUAUACAGGAUUAUGUUACUCCCCCGAACAAUACUCUAUCUCGUCAUCUUAUGACCCAUCUUUCGCCCCAAAUCACCCACCUAGUAUCCGCUCGGCCUAUGUCAGUGACCAUGGGCAACGCCAUUCGCCAACUCAAACUCGAGAUCAGUGACACAGACAUCGAUCUCCCUGAACAAGAUGCCAAAGACGCGUUAUGUCUCAAGAUUGAUACCUACAUCCGUGAUCGCAUUAUUAUCGCAGACGAAGUUAUCUCCGAAUUGGCCGGGAAAAAGAUCAAGGAUGGGGAUGUCAUUCUCACGUAUGCCAGAUCCUCAGUGGUAGAAAAAGUAUUGCUCCGAGCUCACGCUGAGGGCAAGCGGUUUUCGGUGAUAGUGAUUGACUCGCGGCCCAUGCUUGAAGGCAAGCACCUGUUGAAACGCUUAACAUCAGCCCCCGCAUCCUCCUUCCCUCCCACAACAAUGUCGUGCACCUACGCCCUCCUCCCAGCACUUCCGUCUUUGAUCAGCAAAGUAACGACGGUCAUACUUGGCGCACAUUCUCUACACUCCAAUGGUGCUUUAUACUCUCGUGCUGGGACGGCAAUGGUUGCGAUGUUGGCCAAACAACAUAGUGUUCCCGUUCUUAUCUGUUGCGAGACAUAUAAAUUUAGCGAAGGCAUCAUACUAGAUGGUUUUGAGAAAAACGAACUCGCCCCUCCCCUCCCUCAGUUACGAACAUCCUUCCCGUCCACCAAGCUUUCUUCAUCGCUUGCUCUGGAACCACAACCCAAUCUCGAGAUCCUGAAUCCUUUGUACGAUCUGACACCACCCAGCUGUGUUACCGCGGUUGUGACGGAAGUCGGGUUGAUUCCGCCAACGUCGAUUAGCUCAAUACCGGUGGCUCUGGGACGGACUGUACUCUAG